AUGGCGCUUACAAGAAGCGAACGCUUUGUAGAUAAUUAUAGCACAAAGCUGAAACAAGAUGACUGGGAUCCAAUAUCCGGUUAUAAGGAUCGGACUCUUAAAUCAUUAGAAGAAGCUGUAGAAAGCAUCGUUCCAUUCGUCAGCAAUGUCAUGCAGUAUGUAGACGAAGCUAAACAAAACUGCACAAGAAACACAAAACUGGCAAUAAAUGAAUCGGCAGCAAUCUAUCUUUACACAAUGGAUACACCUUUCUACAAGAAACUCAACGAAGCUCUUCGAGAUGAAAAUUCAUCCACGCUGGCAUCAUGGUUCGACUUUCUAAAACUAUUCAUUACCGCUCUAGAGAAAUUAUCGGAAUUACCGUCGCGUCUGACUACGGUAUGGCGGGGUGUUACACAAAUUAGUAGCUCCGAUUACUAUGAAACUGAUAUAUUCACUUGGUGGAGUGUGAUUUCAUGUUCGUUAGAUUCCAAUGUUGGAGCAGUCUUUACAGGCGAGAAGGGCGUCCUGUUUUGCAUUAAUACUAUUAAUGGCAAAGAUAUUAGCGAUUAUUCAUCAAAGGAGGAUAAGAAGGAUGAAGACGCAUGGGAAAAAGAAAUCGUUCUCAUGCCUGGAACUCGUUUGUGCGUCAAAUCCAAAACGUGUAAUAAAUUAGAUUUUAAUGUCGUUCAUUUGGAUGAAUGUACUCCGAUUCCUGAAGGAAAACAUGUUAUGAUAUCUUAUGAUUCGAAUAGUCAAGAAAUUGUAUCCAAAAUUUAUCAUUAUCUACAACUCAAACGUAUACCACUUUGGUUCAAGGAACAAAAAGAAACGACAAAUGAUCUAAAGAAAAGUUUGGCUGAAGGAGUAGAAAAUGCUGCAGUCGUUUGUUGUUUCUUAACUCAGGAUUAUCAAAAAUCUGACUUUUGUCAAUUUGAAUUACAGUAUGCACAUAAACGGCAAAAACGAAUCAUUCCAUGUAUGCUCACUGAUACAAAAGUGUGGAAACCUUCUAAUUGGUUAAAACCGAUAACUAAAGAUCUCGCACCGGUCGAUUUUCAUAAUGCCUCUGAACCAUUAACCAUGCAAAUAAAGAUGCGGGAACUGAUUAAUCGAAUAGAAGACCAAACUCCAACACGUCAAUAUAUAUCGUCGCAAGUAGCUGGCGGAGCAAGUUAUCUAUUUGAACUGAUAAAAUAUGAAUAUAAACGAAAUAGUCGCAUUGAACGUUUCAUGAAUCCAGCCAAAUCUUUUCAGAUCGAUAAAAGUUACGUCAAUUUGUCCAUAGUAGAAACUAAAGAUCAGCAAGAGAAAGAAAAGAAGCUUCGUGAUUCUCAGCAUAACGAUGCGAUUAUGGAAGCAUUUGAAAACAUUCAUGGUACGAAGUCUCCAGUAGAUAUUAAAGACAUUUUCAAAACAUGCAAGAAUCAAACAAGGAAUGUGCUCGUAUUCGGCCGAGCUGGCAUUGGAAAAUCAACAUUUUGUCAAUACAUCGCUUACCAAUGGGCAACUGGUAUGAUUUGGCAGGAAUAUGAACUGGUUGCUUUGAUUCCAUUACGUUCUUUGACGACAGACCGCUAUCCUAUAUUACCAGCUGGCACCACCUAUUCUCUUAUAGACGUUCUGAAAAAAGAGUGCUUUUCUUUCGAUCAAUAUCUAUCAGAAAAAGAUGAAAAACAAUUGCAAGAACAGUUUCAUAAAAGUCGCAUUCUUUGGCUUUUCGAUGGUUAUGAUGAAAUCGUACAAAAUGUACCCGCACAUCUCAAAAGUUUAUUCAAUGACCAGUUACUCAAGACUCCAGAUCAUAUCAUAACAUCUCGUCCAUACAUGAAUACUUUAUCUCAUUCUGUACAAUUGGAAAUUACAGGUUUCACAGAUGAUAAUAUUUCUAUGUACGUCAAGCAGUUCUUUGAGGAUAUCGGAAAUGAAGCACAGAACUCAUCCGCUGAAGAUGAAAAACUAUUAACCUUUCUCAAACGUUAUCCUAGAAUUUGGGGUAUUGCACACAUUCCGAUAAAUCUAGAACUUAUCUGUAGUAUAUGGAGCAAUACUCACUGGUCAGAAACAAAAACACUAACGAUGACAAGUCUGUACAAUAAAAUUACCGAGUGGAUAUGUCGACGAUAUCUGACGAAGCAAAAAGAAGUUCCAAUCGAAAAAAUAAAAUUGAUGCGUGAACGGCAACGGGACUUCUGGGAAGCAGUUGCAACACUAAAUGUAAUGAGACAUUCUGGAACACAAUCUUAG